UUGCUUUUUUGAGAGUUUCUUCUCCCACCACUCUUCUAUAAUUUUCUCUACGUAAUUCAAUAUUUUUAGUGCACAAGCACAACAAAAAAGAUAUAAAAAGAUGACAGAAAAGGUUUCCAAGCACUUCCCCAAGUUCCUGGAGGAUCUCCCCAAUGUGGAGGGUAAGGUCUUUGUGAUCACGGGCACCACAUCGGGAACUGGCUUUAUCGCCGCUCGGACUGUCGCAGAAAAAGGUGGCGAAGUGGUGUGCUUGAACCGCAAAUCUCAACGCGUCAAUGAUGCUACUGAGAAAUUUAAGGCCGCUGUACCAAGUGGAAAGUUUGUGAAUAUCGAGUGUGAUUUGCAAGAUUUUGCAUCAGUCCAAAAAGCUUGCGAUGAAAUUAAACAAAAGUACAAAUCUAUUUAUUGUUUGGCUUGCAACGCUGGAAUUAUGAUGACGCCUGACGAAGCCACCAAAGAUGGCUGUGAUACGCAGAUGCAGACCAAUCACUUGUCGCAUUUCAUCUUGACCCAGCAACUGUUUCCAUUGUUGGAAGUGGCAGCAGACUCCGGUGGUGACGCUCGUGUUGUUUACCAUUCGUCUGCAGCCCGUGACAUGACCAAGAAUGGCCUGGAAAAGAAGUAUUUUGAAAAGAAUGGAGGAAAUUUGGGUGGCGAUGGUAACUCCAUGUUGAUGGGUGGAGGUCGUAUAGUCCGAUACGCUCAGACGAAAUUGGCCAACAGUGUCAUGAUGUACGCCAUGCACGAAAAGUUGCAAGCCAAACAAAGCAAGGUCCGAGUCAUUGCUUGCCAUCCGGGUGGAUCGGCCACGAAUCUCGGAGAACACAUGAAGUUGCCGUGGUUUGAGAAUUUCCUCAUGACCAAAAUCAUGAUUCCUUUUUUCAUUCAGUCUGCUGAAGAUGGUACCAUGGGAUUAUUGACGGGCAUGUUGGUAGAGGAUGCCAAGAGUGGCGUUUUGUACGGACCCGCCAACAGUGGUAUGGCAGGCCUCGCAGUACCCAACCCUCCCAAAAAGUAUGAAACGGAUCCUGAUGCCAUGAAAAUGCUGUGGGAAACGAGCGAGGAAACUACUGGUGUCAAAUUCGCCAUUUAAACAUCGUAUUGGAGUGUAUCUCUGUGCCAAAAAACCGCCACAGUUUUGGAUCCUGGAAUGUACCGUAUUCCAGAUCAUUUUUUGCUAUCGCUGGUCUGACGUACCUCUGGUCAAAGCAUGCGUGAAAUUCAAAGGAUUUCUUGGGGUACCGUUCAGAUCAACCUCUUGCGCUUCAGGGACACUUUUCUCUCCCAUGGAACCCACCAUCAAAGACGUAAUCGUGCUGCCGGUACCCUUUUUAUGGAUUAAUAAGAUCGAUCAUAUUGUUGCCGGCU